AGACGUCUGUUUCCAGGAAGUGACUUCAGCGGCCGCGGAGAUGGACGAUUUACUGGACCUGGGCGAAGAGAGACGUCGCAGCUCGGCUACCUCCGGGGCCAAGAUGGGCCGCCGAGCCCAACAGGAGUCACCUCAGGCUGAGAGUUACUUCAGUAGCAAGAAUUCUUCAUUGACGCAGACUGAAGAGGCUCCCCCACCGAAACCACCUCGCAGACAGGGAGGCUGGGCAGAUGACUCCAUGAAGGUGUCAAAAUUGGGAAAGAAAAUUUCUGAAGAAUUGGAAGACCGCCGCCUGAGACAGCACAGCCUGACUCAAUCAGAUGAUGGAGAAGCCUUGGAGGUUACGUUUAUGGAGGAGAGCCAGCGGGUUUUCACCCAGUGCCAGCUCGGACCUGUAUUGCCCCAGGUGCUAGAGAUGGUGGUGACCAAGGCAUCCCAGGCCUCCAGGAACUUCCGGUCUAGUGGGAAGACACUCUUGCUCCUUGCCUGCCUGUGGGUCACGGAGCAGGUUCAGAAGCCUUAUCUCAAUAGCUGCAUCCACAGCAUCUUCACCCUUGGUGGGUGA